AUGGAAGUAGGGGAUGAAAUAGACUCAGAUCAUCACCCGAUAAUAGUGACCCUGAAAGGGGGAGAAAAGGAGAAUAGAAUGAGGGAGGAGAAAAGAAAAGCAAUAUCAAUAGGGAACUGGACAGAACAAGGAAGGGAAAAAUUCAGAGAAGGAAUAAUUUGGAGAAAGCCGAGGAAAGGAAAUCUGGAAGAGGACAUGGAAAUUAUGUUGGAGGAAUUUAGGAAAGGAAUGGAGAGCGGGAGAGAGAAGGAGAAGAAAAGCAAAAGAAAGAAGGGGUGGUGGGACGAAGAGUGCGGGAAGAGGAAAAAAGAAGUGAGAAAGGUGCUAAGAGAUUGGAGGAAAGGGAAGGAGGAAAAAGAAAGCUACAAAAAGGCAAAAAAGGAAUACAGCAGGUUGCACGAAGUUAAAAAGAAAGAAGAAAAUGAGAGAUUCGUGAAAGAGGCGGAAAAUGCGAAAACGGACAGAGAAGUAUGGAGGAUAAUAAACACGGAAAGGAAAAAGAGAGGAAGGAUCACGACGAGCAUUAAGGAAGAGGAAUGGAAAAACCACUUUAUGCACCUCCUGGGAGGGACGGAAGAAAAAGUGGUCCUGGGAGGAGAAAGAGAAAGAGAAGUAGAGAGUGACGAGGAAGAAGAAAUUAGUAGGGAGGAGAUUAGAAAAGCGAAAGUCAAACUAAAGGACGGAAAAGCGGUGGGAGGGGAUGGAAUACCGAACGAGGUGUGGAAAUACGGAGGCCCGGAGGUAACGGAGUGGGUAUGGGAGACUUGUAACAGAGUCUGGAAGGGAGAGGGAUGGCCAGAAGGAAAGCAGACCAACGACUACAGAGGGGUGACGUUGAUGCCCACGUUAUACAAAAUAUAUGCAGCAGUCCUGACGGAAAGAUUGAGGGAGGAGAUGGAGGGAUAG